CUCUGCGGGACCGUUCCUCGCCGCCGCUUCCUCGUCUCCUUCGCCGGCAGUCUCCAGGCCGCCAGAGCGGACGCAGGGAGUCGAAGCCGGGCGUGCGGGGCACCAUGAAGGGCCAUCGGCCGCGCGGCGCGGCGCAGGGCCUGGGCGGCUGAGGGCCCGCGUCGGCCGAGGCAUGUGGAGCCCUGGCGGGAGCCUGCUCCAGGCGCCCCCGAAGCUCCUGCAGCACACCGCGCCCCCCGGCCGCGCGGAGCUGCCCGCCGUCUGGGCCCUGCCGCGGGCGGCGGGCGGGGACGACCCGGCGGACCGCCUCCCCCACGGGGGAGGGGCGAGCGCGGCGGCGGCGGCGGCGGCCUCGGGCGCCCUGCUCGGCGCCUAUCUGGAGCGCCACGGUCCGCCUGCGGCCUCGGAGCUGCCGGCGCCGGGCGGGGCAUUGGCGGGCGGCCCCGGGAGCUGCAGCGGCGGCAACGUGGUGGUCGGCGUGGCGGAGGUGAGAAACUGGCGCAGCUGCUGCCUCGGCAGCACCUGUUGGUGCCGGAGCCUAGUGCUGGUCUGCGUGCUGGCCGCGCUGUGCUUCGCUUCCCUGGCCCUGGUCCGCCGCUACCUGCAGCACCUCCUGCUCUGGGUGGAGAGCCUCGACUCGCUGCUGGGGGUCCUGCUCUUCGUCGUGGGCUUCAUCGUGGUUUCGUUCCCCUGCGGCUGGGGUUACAUCGUGCUCAACGUGGCCGCCGGUUACCUGUACGGUUUCGUGCUGGGCAUGGGACUGAUGGUGGUGGGAGUCCUCAUCGGCACCUUUAUCGCUCAUGUGGUGUGCAAGCGAUUACUCACCGCCUGGGUGGCCACCAGAAUCCAGAGAAGCGAGAAGCUGAGCGCCGUUAUUCGCGUGGUGGAGGGAGGAAGCGGCCUGAAAGUGGUAGCUUUGGCCAGACUGACCCCCAUACCUUUUGGGCUUCAGAAUGCAGUGUUCUCGAUUACUGAGCUCUCCUUACCCAACUAUCUGAUGGCAUCUUCAGUUGGACUGCUUCCUACCCAGCUUCUGAAUUCUUACUUGGGUACCACCCUGCGGACAAUGGAAGAUGUCAUUGCAGAACAGAGUGUUAGUGGAUAUUUUGUUUUUUGUUUACAGAUUAUUAUAAGUAUAGGCCUCAUGUUUUAUGUAGUUCAUCGAGCUCAAGUGGAAUUGAAUGCAGCUAUUGUAGCCUGUGAAAUGGAACUGAAAACCUCUCUGGUUAAAGGCAGUCAGCCAAGUACCAGUGGCUCUUCAUUCUGCAGCAAGAGGACCCUAACAUUUUCUGGAGGUGGAAUCAAUAUUGUAUGAUUCUAACAAAAUGUAUGAUUGCCAGGGGCCUAGUGUGCUGUCCAAGGUCUAGUGGUCACCUCACUAGUGGGCAGAGACAAGUUCUAACUGUAUAUGGCACAAACCUGACUAGUUUUUAAAUUGCACAAUUUUUUAAAACAAGAAUCAUUUUCUGGGUAUGUAAGUGUAAAUGUAGAUGCAAUUUUGGCUGCACCUCUUUAUCAUUUAUUAUGCCUGUAUUGGCCUAUACGUCUGCACUUUAGUGUUUUUUAAUUGUGUUCUUUCUGGAUACUUGUGAACAAAGAAAUAACCCAAAUAUUUUUCUGCUUAGUGUCUUUAUUUAUAAAGCCCAUAGUUAUAUGCAUCUUUCAUACUUAUAAAGAUGAGUAAAAGUAUGCAAUUUUAAAUGCAUAAUAUUAUUAGAUGUUUUUUGCUUUGGUAGUCUUUCCAAAAAGAAUAAACUGCUUUUCUGUUUGGUUUUACUGUUUUAAGGGGGACCACUCUGCUUCCCUUUUCCUUACUAGUCAGAAAGUAGACAUUAACUUUUCGUUGAAUGUAUUUUUUGCAACCAUCACAUUUUACAGGGCCAUUUACACCUGCUCAUACAAGCUUAAAUCCUACAUUGUGGGACUGAAGUGCUCUUAAGAUACCUUUUUAUUUUCACUGUGUAAUAUGCAAAGCAAAAGGGAUAUUAUGUAAUGGGUGGUAGCUCGAAUUAGACCUUGUGUUCUAAUUCCAUUACAUUAAUUUUACCCUUGUUACAUCUUUCAUCAAAGGGCUGUCCCAUAGCAAUUUUACUAAAACAUUUUAUUAAACUUCUUUUUCUUUUUAUAAUCAUAAUCAGGCUUUGAAAUAGAAAUGUUUUUCCUUUAUAAUGGUGGGGAUGCCAUCAUUGAAGCUGUCACUCAGGUGGCCUUGUUUGAUCAAAAUGCCUUUUUAAAUAAAAAACAAAGCUUUAAAAUCAUGUUUGUAAUUCCAUUCAAGUGCAUAUACAUUUGUCUCCAUAGUCUUCAGCUUUAAAAGUAUAAAUACAACUUUAACUUAAUACCCAAAUUUGUAUUAUUUGUAGGUUUAUUAUUUGUAGGUUUAUUUUGUUUAUUUUUCAGUACUUGUUUUUCUCUGAUAAGACUCAGGAAUUCUGAAAUGUGAAAUUAAGUCUUUCAAUUCUUUCUCUUGUAGCAUGAAUUGAGUGUAUUUAUUAAUAGCACUUAUGAGUAUAGCAUACAAUAAUUUGGCAUAUCAUUUAUAUGACAUGUAUUAUUCAUUUACCACCUUGUAUUUUUUAAAUAGUUUAAUUGUGAACUUAAUUUUUUUUGCAACCAGUACUAUAGACAUGAAUACAAAUUUUCUGAUGGGUAUCUCUUUUUCUGGCAAUGAAAAUUCCACCUUAUCAGAGACCUCCCAUUGCCUUUUCAUUAGGAUAAAACUUCUGCCCUGAUUUACUAAAGUACAAAACAAUUCUUUGUAGAUAGAUUAUUCUGGUCUUAUAUUACAAUUGCAUUUGAUCCUUUUUUGUCCUAUUGCAGGUAUAAUAGUUUUCCUUCCCUUCAUAUUACAUAAGUUUUCUCAUCUUUGAGUAACAGUGAACUUUAUAUGUCCAUACUAAGAAGACCUCAUCCACUUAAUGGGCCUCUGAAUCCUUCCUUCUUUUACUAGUAGAAAAAAUACAUAUAGUAUUGAAAUAUUACUUUUUUUUUCAAUCCUAAUUGUUUAGUUGUUUUGGGUUUUUUUUUAAAAAUGAUUUUUAGUUUCAUAAUCCCAUUGAACAAUGUAUUUGAUUUAGUCUUUUCUGUUUAACUUGACAAUAUUUUUCUUGUGAUUUUUGUUUGGUGGUUAGUUUUUGUUAAAGGAAUCAAUAAGAUCACUACUUACAUACCUGUUAUAUUUCAUGUAUUUUUUAAGUGCAUUUAUUUACUUAGCAUUUUGUAAUUUGAAUAAUUUCACCAAAUGAUUACCUUUUGAUAGUUUAUAAUGAAUUCUUGCAAUUGUGGCAUUUUGCUUGGUACUAAAAAUAAAUGUAAAGGUAAAAGAGAAACAAUUUUUCUGUAUUCUGCCAAUCAUAACUUUAUAAAAUAAAAUCAUCCAUUUUUACUUAAAAUAGUAUGGAUUUACUAUUUCUAAAACACUAAUCUGAAGCUAUAGUUUUCCUUUUCUUCAUCAUUUCCAGCCUCCAAGUAAACAGCAAUCCAUUACAGUUACACUAUUUGAUAACUAAAUUUGGUUGCUGGGAUUUUAGAUGUGUGCUCUCCCUGAAUUUUAUAAAGCAUUGCCAUGCCUUAUUCAUUCCAUCUUUAACCCUGUCUCCCAGAUUUAUGGCAGCAAAUAAUUUCUACAGCACCCUUUUAUGUUGCCCAAAUAUUGGCUCCAGUCAUAGAGCAUAUAUUUAUAAAAUAAAAUGGGAUUUCUCAAACUGCUGAAGUGCAGUAUAAAGCUGCUUUAUGCACAUUUUAAAAAGCAAACAAUAUAUCUAAUUUCCAAAUCUGAUGAAAGGUAUAUUCUAUUUUUAAUUCUCUGGCCUUUUCCUUGGUUUUCUACAUUUUGUUUUAUUGUUUAUGAUUUUGUCUCUUCUUUGUCAAAUUUUGUUAGGUAGAUUAUUUUUAAAUAACACCUCGUUUAAAAAACAUUUACAUAAUAAUUUACUAAGUGCUUUCAUGUCCAUUUCCACUUGAUCAUCUAAUUUGUAAAAUAACUUGAAAUCUGUACUCUUUGGUUUGUGAAAAUAAUAGAACCAGAUCUCUAUCA